UUCCUCUGGGCUUGAUGCGUGUCCCUUUGCUACGCUCCAGAGGUGUCUAGUCGCUCACGGAGAGGGAGGGAGAACGUGUGUGUUCUUUUUUUUUUCUUCCCCCGACGGCUGUGUUCGAGAGGGUUGCAGAGAGAGACGCGGAGCCAGUGGCUGACCAAACCUUCCAAUCUCCACACCCGGCAGGUGUCCACCAUGCAUCUGGAGGAGCUGAAGGAGCUGCAGACUGGCCUGAAGUUUGGAAAUGAAGGAGACUACCAUCACCCGCUGACCAUGGACCUGGAGAACAACAUUACCCAGGUUCCUGUCACCGCCCGGCCAUUGGAGUCCAAGGUGCUGAUAAUCCAGCGUGCAUGGCGUGAGUUCAUGCAGCGACAGGACGUCAUGCACCAUAGCUGCCUUGAGAAGAGGAGCCCGUCACCUCCGUCCCUGUCUUCCUCCGGCAAGAUGAGCACAUCCAUCAGCAUGGCCACUCUCUCAGAUGGCAGCACCCCUGUGAGUCUUUGGCCCUUUUCCUGUUCUGUUCACUUUUAUACUGAUCACUUGCACUUAUAACUCCUGUCUGCCUGUUUGUACACAUGUUUUUUUACAAUUUUACCUGUAGCUUUUGUUAUUGGCUUUUCCAUUGAGCUUGUUCCUGUAGCUUUUGCUAUUGGCUUUCACAUUUGGAUUUUACUUGUAGUUUUUGCAAUUGGCUUUUACAUUUGGAGUUUUUAUUGUAGCUUUUGCUAUUGACUUUCACAUUAGACUUUUACCUGUAUGCUUUUGGUAUUGGCAUUUACAUUGGGGUUUUAUCUGUAGCUACUGCAAUUGGCUUUCACAUUUCGCUUUUACCUGUAGCUUUUGCUGUUGCCUUUUACAUUGGGGUUUUACCUGUACCUUUUGAUCUUGGGUUUUACAUUAAACUUUUAACUCUACAUUUUGCUGUUAGGUUUUACAUUGGUCUUUUUCCUGUAACUUUUAGUAAUGACUUUUACAUUGGGCUUUCACUUGUAGCUUUUGAUGCUGACUUUUACAUUGGACUUUUACCUGUACCUUUUGCACUUUGCUUUUGCACUGGACUUUUAAUUGUAGUUUUUAUGCAUGGCUUUUACAUUCAUUGGAAUUGUACCUGUACCCUGUUACUGUUAGGUCCACUUUACCAGUAUCUCCCAUCGCUUAUGAGUUUUGGGUUUGUACCACAAAUGGGACUCUGUCAUA